GCACUACAAGGCCUCAUAAGGAGGGGGAAGUUCCUGGGGUGGAUUAUAUUUUCAUCACUGUUGAAGAUUUUAUGGAACUGGAGAAAAGUGGUGCUCUUCUGGAAAGCGGAACCUAUGAAGAUAAUUACUACGGUACCCCCAAGCCUCCUCCAGAACCAGUCCCACUGCUAUUAAAUGUCACAGAUCAGAUCCUCCCAGGUGCCACGCCCAGUUCGGAAGGCAAACGGAAAAGGAACAAGUCAGUGAGCAACAUGGAAAAAAUGGGCAUUGAUCCGCCAGAGGAAGAAGAGGAAGAGAAAGCUGUGGUCAAUGGCAAUGGCAUGGCAAUCACACCAGAGUCAAGUGAACAUGAGGAGAAGAGCACAGGUGCCUCAGGAGAAACUUCAUCUCAGCCUUAUCCUGCUCCUCUUUAUAGCCAGCCGGAAGAAGUGAAAGAGGAGAUGGAUGUAACCAAGCAGCCCAAAAUUGAAGAAAACGACGAAUUGGGGGCCUUGCCAGAUAACUGGGAAAUGGCUUACACAGAGAAAGGGGAAGUCUACUUUAUUGACCACAACACAAAGACUACAUCAUGGCUGGAUCCGCGCUUGGCGAAGAAGGCUAAACCACCCGAAGAAUGCAGAGAAAAUGAUCUUAAUCUAAUGGGUUGGAUCCAAAGAUUCCCUUCUUCCAAUGGAGGAAGGUUUCCUCUGACAAAGGAAGAGAAUGAAGAAUUGCCCUACGGCUGGGAGAAAAUUGACGAUCCCAUUUAUGGCACUUAUUAUGUGGACCACAUAAAUAGGAGGACCCAAUUUGAAAAUCCUGUUUUGGAAGCCAAAAGGAAGUUACAACAGCGUACCAUGCCCAACGCAGAACUUGGAAUCAAGGCUAUGCCAGCCCAGAGUUUCAGAGUAGACAACGCCUCAUCAACCUUACCUAGGCCCAAACUCGUUCACCCGCGCCUUGCUCCUAAGAGGUCUCGUAGUGUGAGCGACCUAUCUCAAUAUCGGCGGGACAUUGCUGGAAUGUACAGGCUGUAUGAGAAACCCCUCUUCACCCGGGAUGCCUCGCAGCUGAAAGGGAACUUCCUCAGCACAACUCUGAAGAAAAGCAAUAUGGGCUUCGGGUUUACCAUCAUCGGUGGGGACGAGCCCGACGAAUUCCUCCAGGUCAAGAGCGUCAUCCCGGACGGGCCGGCGGCACAAGACGGCAAGAUGGAAACUGGUAAGCCCAUGAUGGGAGCAUUUAUUUGUUUAGCUUAGGUUAGAGCAUCAGUGGAGGUCAUGCAAUCCCUGAUAUACAUAUGUAGUCUGAAUGAAGCACCAGCAAA